AUGACUAAUGAUGUUUUACUUGCUGUUAUUGAUGGUUGUCAUCAACUGGAAUCUCUUGACAUCCGUCAGUGUUUCAAUAUUAAUUUUAUAGGAAGUUUGGCAAAGAGAUGUAAAGAAAAUAUCAAGUAUUUAUGGCUCCCAAAUGAUGCAACUGAUGACUAUCCAUUUGAAACUAAGUUUCAUGAUGGAGCAUACGAAGAUUAUGCAUUUGGAAUCUCUUAUGAUUUUUCAGGUUGGAGUGAAUGUCAUGAAUUUCUUUAUGAUGCUAACUAUUAUGACUUACAGUGA